AUGUCUAUAAAACUGUUGCCAAGGGUGUAUAAACUUGAAGCUCACUUAUAUUUCCUGUCGCCAUACGUGUACUAUAAUAAUGGAAGCGAUUCCAGGUACGGAUCCCAUUAUCAUAGAACUGUUAGUAGGUCGGGCACUAUCAUUUCUAAUGACUUGGGAUAUUUUGAACCAAUUUCGAUAUAUGAUUUCCCUUACCUGUCCAAUUAUAGUUACUCGUUGGUUACGCAAGAAGUUAUUGGUGGGUGUUAUGGAGAUGCUGAUGUCCCAGAAAACCAGUCUGCACGCCUGGAGUCGAAGGAUUUUUGCUCUAUUUUUCCCACAGGGACCAUCUCUGUUGAAUUGGAGUAUGCCACUGAGUGCAAAACAUCCCAAAAUUGUACCCUCUUUGUUGGGGGUAGAGGAUACUUGCCUAGGUUUAUGCACUUGCAUCCAGUGUUCAGGAUAUGA